AUGGAUUCUAUUGAGGAUGUAGCUUUAAAAGAUGCUGUCUCAGACCAUCUGUAUCCAGCUUUGUUCCAGUGUUUCACAAUUAUUAUAUGCGGGUACAUUGCUGGAAGACUCAAUGUCGUUUCAAAAGUUGAAUCUAAGGGUAUUGCAACAUUUGUUGGUACUUUUGCUUUACCAUCACUUAUUUUCCUAUCAUUAGCCAGAUUGAAUUUCACUAUGGUUAACUGGACAUUUCUACUAGCAAUACUUGUAUCAAAAGGACUUGUAUUCUUCUUUGUGAUUAUAGUGACUGCGGUUGUUUCAAAACCUAUGAAUUUAGGACAGGCUGGUAUAUUUGCAGUAUUCUGCACACAGAGUAAUGAUUUUGCUCUAGGAUACCCCAUAAUCAAUGCGAUAUAUGAAAAGACACAUCCAGAGUAUGCUCUAUACCUGUACCUGAUGGCACCAAUAUCCCUUGCCAUUCUUAACCCAAUUGCUUUUGUGUUGAUGGAAAUAUCUAAGCAAAGAGAGAACCCGCAAGCAUUAGAUAAUGAACCAAUGGGGUAUCAAAAGUUCAAGAUGGUGGUACAAAUAGUAAAAGGAAUUAUAUUCAACCCAGUCCUGUCUAUGACAAUUUUAGGCAUUAUUGGUAAUAUAGCUUUUAAACACCAAAUCUCUAUAUACAUAGAAGGUUUAUUAGAUGUAUUUGGUCAGUCUUUCUCAGCGGCAGCCCUAUUUCUGUUGGGUUUGCGUAUGGUGGGCCAAAUAACUCGACUAAGAGGACCAGCUUUGCUUCUGCCAUGUGUCUUGAUUAUGGUUAAAUUGAUCAUCUUGCCAGUGGUAAUGCGUGAAUGUGUUAGUAUGUUUGAUGCCGGUGUAAACCAAACGGAGACUCAAUCACUAUCAACAUAUGCUUUCCUCUAUGGCACUAUACCGACGGCACCAGCUGUUUUUGUUUUCUCAAACUUAUACCAUUUGGAGAUUGACUUGAUGGCGUCAUCAAUGGUAAUAUGUACGUUCCUGUCAGCUCCGAUAACAUUUCUGUCCGCACAAGUGAUAUCUAUAAACAAGGACUACGCCGACCAAAUAAAGAGAUUCGGCUUUGACCUCUCGAUAGUAUCCCUCAUAGCGUCUAUAUGGGUCUGCAUUGUGUUUACAUUUACAAAGAAGUAUAAGAGAAUGCCACAUGGAUUGACAUUCUGUUUGAAUCUCACUCAGAUGUUACUAGCUGUUAGUGUUAUUUGGGGUGGACCUUUAAACAACUAUCCUCCGUCAUGGGAAGCUACAUUACAGGAGACAUUACAAGUAUUCAGCACAUACUCUUGUCUGUUAUGGACAUCUAUGUUGACUGUUGGACUGUUAAUGCUCGAGACGCGCGGGCCGUGUUUCGUGCUCACUAUAACUCCAGUACUAUGUUUCGUGUCGUGGGGUGCUCCGCUGGUCAUGUGUAUAGCGCUCCUCUCCGCCGCUGGAGAGCGAGGGGUCUCCGGGGACGCCGCUGACGCAGUCAGAUUGAGUGUACUCUUCUUUUGUAUAACACUUACGACUGGCUGUCUGAUCCUGUACAUCCGUUUCCGUCGUCGCCGCAGCCCUGUAGUGACGUCACCUCCGGACGAGUCCUCGAGCCUAGUUGACAACGCUGAGCCAGCCUCUAACACGCAGUCACUAUCAAAUUACGAAGAUCCAGGUUGUUACGGCACUAUAACAACAACGCCGUCUCCGAAUAGGAACAGUAAUGGUAACUGUUGCUCCAACGAUCCCAACUGUGGGAACGGAAUACUCACGAACAGCGCUGACAUUGAAGACAUCGCUAAUAAUGAUAGGGAAUGUUUGUGUCCUUCAUCGGAGCAUCAAUGUAACCCCGACGGCGCCCCCUGUCCCUACUUGACCCGCCUGGAGCGUGCGGCCGACUCGCUCGGGCUCCUACCACUGGAACAGACUCGAGGUCGCGGCGGGCAGAUGCUCAAACACACCGUACUCAUCAUAGCGUACAGUCUCAUGAUGUUUCUGGGUCUGACUUAUACGGCAUGGAAGAUCAUGCGAAAGAACCAGGCCGGUGUGUUUAUAGAAAUAGAGUUCUUGGACACAACAGCCAGUAACGGACAGGCUUUGAUAAUGUUUAUACUUUUUGGAUUGGACCCAGAGGAAAUCAUCAUACCAGCUAUCAGAUUCUUCAAAAAGAAGUGGCAUGGAGAAGAUACUGUUGUUCUGCCGCAUAUAGAUGAUUUGAGUUUCGAAACGAAGCACGUAUGUGACCAAUUCAUAACACAUCAUUUAGAGAGGUGCAAGGAAGCUAUUGCUAAAGACACCAGAUGGCGCAUGCGUACAUAUCGCAAUGUGUUCCGCGGCUCGUGCCUCGUUCGUUGGCUGAUGGAGUGCGGUCUAGCGUCAGAUGAACAUGAGGCUGUUCAAUACGCGAGACAUCUAUUGGACGGACGACUCAUACAGCAUGUGCACAACAAACAUCACUUCACUAACUCACCACUGCUAUAUAUGUUCAGAUAG